UUAUUGUUCACGUGUCUGCAGUAAAGGGAAAUAACGUACCUAAAAGUUUGGAAAUUUCAGACAAUUCUGGCAACGGAUAGAAGUUGUAAAACUGCGGCCGUUGCUUCGGGAACAUGUGAUCUAUACAGCUCUUGCCACAUUGCUAAUCGAUUUACUCUCAUGGCCACGAUUUGUUUCAUCGGUCUAUCAUUGUAAAAUGUGACUUUGUUCUUCGAGGGAUCACGAUCUGGUCUUGAGUGUGGAAUGGGGUCGCCACCCAAAAAAGGUUGGGAACCUAUGUACUAAGAUAUAGUUACGAUACCAAACCAAGAUGCGUCUUGCACCACGGGAAAUAGAGGGUCUGAUGGUCUUCCAGGCAGGCUCAUUAGCACAGAGACGUCUGGCUCGUGGAAUUCGCUUAAAUCACCCGGAGGCAGUGGCGCUGAUUGCUAUACAGAUGCAAGAAUUAACACGAGAUGGCUUGUCAGUUUCAGAUUUGAUGGAUCUUGGGAGACAAAUGUUAGGUAGGAAUCAGGUACUACCUGGAGUUGGUGACAUGUUGAAUGAGGUACAAGUCGAGGCUACAUUCCCGGAUGGAACAAAAUUGAUAACGGUCCAUACACCGAUAUGUCGAGAUGAUGGCGAUCUCGAGUUGGCUUUAUAUGGAAGUUUUCUACCGGUUCCAGAUAAAGCUGUUUUUGCAGAAGAUAAUCGGACAUCUUUAGCAAGUGUAACCCGAAACAAGUAUGCACCAAAUUCUAUUUCUGGUAAAACAUCUGGUACUGUUGUGGCUCCUGUUGAUGUUAUUCCCGGGGAACUGGUCACUAGAGCUGGUGAAAUAGUCCUUAAUAAAGGCAGAAAAAUGGUGGCUUUAAAAGUUACCAGUGUGUGCGAUCGUCCUAUACAGGUUGGAUCUCAUUACCAUUUCAUAGAAGUGAACAAGUUCCUCAUAUUUGACAGAAAACAGGCAUAUGGCAUGAGAUUGAACAUACCAGCCGGAACAGCUGUAAGAUUUGAACCUGGUGAUACAAAGACUGUAACUCUUGUAGCCAUAGCAGGAAAUCGAGUCAUUCAUGGUGGUAACGGUUUAUGUAGUGGUCCAGUAAACGAAGCCUCAAUCUUGUCAAUAUUCGAUCAACUGGUAGAGAAACAGUUUGGACAUCAAGAACAAAAAGAGGUUCUUCCUAUUCGAGCAACUACUAUAUCUCAUGGUUUAUAUGCACGAACGUAUGGUCCUACUACAGGUGAUAAGAUUAGGUUAGGAGACACGAGUUUGUUCAUUGAAGUGGAGAAAGAUUUUACAGUUUAUGGUGAUGAAUGUACCUUCGGUGGUGGUAAGGUAUUACGAGAAGGAAUGGGUCAAGCUGCCAACAGAUCGAGUAAGGAAGUAUUAGAUACUGUCAUUACUAAUGCUUUGAUAAUAGACGCUAAAACUGGUAUCAUAAAAGCUGAUGUUGGCAUCAAGGAUGGUCGAAUUGUUGGAAUAGGGAAAGCUGGAAAUCCUGAUGUCAUGGAAGGUGUUGAUAAAAAUCUAAUUAUUGGUGCGUGUACUGAAGCCAUAGCAGGCGAAGGGUUGAUAUUAACGGCCGGUGCUAUUGAUGCACAUGUACAUUUUAUAUGUCCACAACUUGCUAGAGAAGCUUUAGCUGCUGGUAUAACUACACUAGUUGGUGGAGGAACUGGUCCAGCUACUGGUACUUGUGCUACCACAUGUACACCAGGCCCUAAUCAUAUCAAACACAUGCUUCAAAGUACAGACGCUUUUCCUUUAAAUUUUGGUUUCACUGGUAAAGGCAAUACAUCAGCACCGGGAAUAGCUGUUGACUUAAAAGAACAGAUUUUGGCUGGAGCGAUUGGAUUGAAAUUACACGAAGACUGGGGAACAACACCGUCUGCUAUCGACACGUGUUUACGUGUUGCAGAAAUAUAUGACGUUCAGGUUAUGAUCCAUACCGAUACGUUGAACGAGUCAUCGUGUGUUGAACAGAGUAUAGAAGCCUUCAAGGGUCGUACAAUACAUGCUUACCAUUCAGAAGGUGCUGGAGGUGGCCAUGCUCCUGAUAUAAUUAGAGUUUGUGGUGUGAAGAAUGUUCUGCCUUCCAGCACGAAUCCUACCAGACCGUAUACUAUAAAUACUAUAGACGAACAUCUAGACAUGUUAAUGGUCUGUCAUCAUUUGAACAAGAACCUAAAAGAAGAUGUAGCGUUUGCUGAAUCUCGUAUUAGAGAUGAGACGAUAGCCGCAGAAGAUAUUCUACAUGAUAUGGGCGCCAUUAGUAUGAUGGCGUCCGAUUCUCAGGCAAUGGGUAGAAUAGGCGAAGUUGUAACCAGAAAUUGGCAAACGGCUGAUAAAAUGAAAUUAUUCCGCGGUCAACUUAAAGAAGAAAAGGGAGACAAUGAUAAUGAACGUGUAAAGAGAUAUAUAGCCAAGUAUACUAUAAACCCAGCUCUGGCUCAUGGUUUCGGCCAUUUAAUAGGAUCAGUUGAGACUGGUAAGUUAGCUGACUUGGUCCUUUGGAGUCCAGCAUUUUUUGGUGCAAAGCCCAACAUUAUUAUAAAAGGUGGACAAAUAGCUAUGGCAGAAAUGGGUAUGCCGAAUGCUUCCAUACCAACACCAGAACCAGUAAAACAAAGAAAGAUGUUUGGAUCUUAUGGUAAAGCUAUCGGUGGACAGUCGGUUGUAUUUGUAUCUCAGGCAGCGUUAGACGAAGGAUUAGUAGCUGGAUAUGGAUUAGAUAAAUCAGCCGUUGCUGUGAAAGGAACGAGAUCUCUAAAUAAAAGUAGUAUGAUCAGAAAUGACUACUGCCCUCACAUUGACGUUAACCCACAAACAUACAAAGUUCGCAUAUUGGAAGAAGGAAAAGAACCGGAAGUGCUAACAUGUCCACCUUCUAGCAGAUUGUCGCUUGCUCAAAGAUACUUUCUUUAUUAGAUAUGUGUAGAUAAAUGAAUACACAGUAUUAGAAACGUUAUAAUCAACUAUUUAAAGGGGCCAAGGCUUUAACUCAAUAUCAUCCACAGUCUUCGACAUUAUUGUAAACACGACUUAUUGGUCAAUUUAAAUCAACAUUCAUGUGUUAUCUUACCCUGAAAAGUUGGGUUUCUGAUAUUCAAUAUUUAAGACAUAGAACAUUUUAAAAUUGGCACACGAAUCACGUGCCAGAAUGCCUUUGAGUGCCAUUUGUAUGAAGCGACUCGAUGAAUGAGGCUAGACAUAUCCCUUGUAUAUAGGGGAAUACUACCGGUGUAGACUGGAAUAACCAACGCCAAAGACUGCCAUUCAAUUCGGACUCUUCGCAUAUUUUCGCCGGAAAUAACCGAUUAGAAAUUACAGUUUAUACAUAUUAUUACAUUAUUAUAUGCGUUGCGACCCAUUUGUGUCCAUUUCUAGGUGCAAAGCAAUAGAGAAUUAGCUCCUUUAACAUUGAUGUCUACAGUUUGACAAAGUUGCAAAACAAAAACCCACCUAUUUAUUGGUGGAGACUAAUAAUAUGUAUGAUCAUUAUUUCAAAACAGUUCAUGGGACAGUCGACAUGCCAAGUGAAAGCGACGCUUAAUAUUUGCCUCUACCAUUGAACUAAAACAGAUUCAGUUUGUCAAAUCCGUUUUUCCCAAGUGCUUGUCUUCAAUGGGGAAAUAACAUGAAAUGGGGUUUAACGUCCGCAGUGCCGGAUUUACAUGAAAAUGACUUCACCGGCACGAUAUGAUUAUUUAAUAUUUAACAUGAUCGGUUAAAAGUAAUAUUUACAUUUUUGUUUUGUUGAAAUAUAUUUGAACCAGCAACUGGUUCCCAAUACUCA